CGGCAAAAAAAAAAAAAAACCCAAGUGCUGAGUUUUGCGCUUUCGGAAAUCUGAUUGCUCGUUCAAGCAAGAAGGAGCAGCAAUAGCAGUAGUAGUGGCAGUCGUUAAAGGAGAAACGGCUUCUUUUUGUUUUUGUUGUUGUUGCUUUGUUGAGGCGGAUGAUCAACCAUCAUCACAUAAUACAUAUGGAAGCACCAAAAAAAAUGAUGUGUACGUCACGUAUUAAAGUCGUCUCCUAUCUCUCUCUUCCAUCCCUACUUUCUCUCUUUCCCGUCAUUAUCAGCAUCUUCUUUCAGUACGAGUCAUUGAAAAAAGAGCAGCAUGACCACAACAUCUGUAUCGCGAAUGCUGUACGUCUAUCCAUGGGACCUCGCUGUACGAGCCAACCAACAGCGCUACCCAACCCAUGAGCGCGUUCCGAUCCUGAAGAGUUCCGAAAUUUUGCUCGAUGAAACUUAUUAUUCUCAAGCCGAUCUUGAUCUUCUUCUCGCUGACAAGCAGAAGGAUGUAGUGGAUAACACGGUGCCCUAUCAUGAUGGACAAGACUGCGAACUGUUUCCCGAAGGUGAAGCACCCAAGCAACUUGAGAGACCGCCAGAGCUGCUACCGCCUUCGGACACAGUUGCCUUGGCGAUAACAGCAGUAGGGGCUCCUAGCCGUGACAGUGGCGAUGAUGCCAAGACGCCUAUCAUCCCCCGCGUGGGCGUUCGACGCAUAGUUCGACGCGUUCGUUUGCAAACGCCUGCUGUGGUCAAGACAGCGCUCCGCAUGUCUGAAAUGGUGGUUCGUCAUGAAUCCUGGAUUGAUAUCAAACGACGCGAAUUGCGCAUUGUGACCCGAAACGAGUCGUGGGCCAAUACAGCCAUGGUUGGCGAUGUGACAGUGUAUCGUGGCAUCAGUGAUACAAGUGCUUUGCGUGGCAAGGUGCCUGUCGCGCCAAUGGGAACAGACCAUAAGUUUGUGGGACCUAUUGCUGCUGCUGCUGCUGCUGCUACCACCACCACCAGUAUCAGCGGCCAUUGCGGUCAACAGCAGCAGUUGCCACUGACGAUGAAAACAAAGCAAGAACAAGGCGAAUGGUGUUUGUUUCAGCAAUACGCAUAUUUCAAGAUCUCGCCAACAUUCAGUAUCCCAUUUCGAUCAACGAUAGAGGCCAAGUGCUUGCAGUGCUACCAAAGCAAUACGCAGGAGGGAAGAAAGCUGGACAUCGAGUUCAUGCAGCAACAAGCAGCAGCAUUAUAGUGUAGCAUGAUGGAUCUGGUAGUACUGGUAGCAGUGAAAAGUAGUAUUGGAGUAUCAGUGAUGAAAAAGAAAGUAAAGAGAAAGAGAGUGAAACGGUCCAGACACUCUUCUCUCUUGCAAAAAAAGCUGCUGAAAAUGAAAAGAAAUCUACGUUACUGUGCGUUGGUAGCACAGACCACAAAGGCCUUUCAAUGUGAUCAAAUAAAUUUUGUUUCCAG